GUCAUAUUGAUGGUCGAGGGAACCUAAAGUAUAAUUUCAAAGCAAAAAUAACUGGUAAUUUACUCAGGGUUUCACAUUAUACGAGUAUCAGAAGUAUUGUUUUCAAAAUUUGCGGGCCUGUGGUUUUCAUUUUUAGUAUUUAUAUGAGUUUAGAACAAUAACGUAGUGGCAUUGAAUCAGAUUUGUGAUUUGGUUCAAUCCUGAAAAAAUCCUAUUUUGGUUAGUAGUGAAGUUUCUAUUUACUUUAACUUUAAUAAGUAGCAACUCCUAAGGAUAAUAAAGUUAUAAUUAUUUAUAUAAGUAGCACUUUUCACAAAGCGGAAUAGGUUUCCAGGACACCUUUAUUGAGGGGUUAAAGAUCAAAACUAUAUUUUACUAUAUUAUAUUUAAAUAUUUUGACUGACAGAAAUGUUAAAUAUUUUUCUAUUGAAAUUGAUAAAUGAUAUAUCGUUUUAAAGGGCUAGCUAUAAGCUUUAAAAAAAACACUGAUUUCAGCAUUUUAUCUUUUAUGGAAGUGUAGUUAUGAUUUCUUUGGUGAUUGUGAAAACCCCCCUUCCUUAUAUUUGAAUUUGAAAUUUAAAACUGAAAAAAACGUGUGACUGUGAACCGCUUUCCAAAUUCCUGCCUUAUUUUUUCCCAAAACUUGUUUAUUUUAAAAGAUAAUGCUUUCAAAUUUUCUGGAGACAUUCUCAAUGCAAUAUGCAACACAAUAAACAAGAAAACUUUUAUAUAACAUCAAGACUUUUAUUUUUUAUAUAUUUAUUUGAGGGUAUGUUAAGAAAAAUAUGAACAGAAAAAUUAAUAAUAUCUGUAGGCCUAGGCCCUAAGGGAAAAAACAAAACAAAAUAACUUGUUUAUUUUACUUUAAUGAAUUAUGUGCUUCAGUUAAAUUUUAAAUCAGUUCUUUUAUUUAUGAAAGGUUUGUAGAAGUCUUUUUGAUACAAUAAAGUUGAAGGCAUAACAUAAUAAAUAAAAACUAAUUAUAUCACCAAAUCCAAUAACACUAAUACGAGCAUACCAGCAAUGGGGUAUGUGAUUAAAUUUUAAAAGUUAAUGGCACUAUUUAGGAUGUUCUGCCAAUCAUUUUCUAUUUAGACUUAGACUGCUCUUUAAACUGCUUGGUCUUGUUGAUAAAUCCACAAUCUCUCUUUCAUAUACUUUUUCUUUGUCAAAAAGUGCCUACUUGUCGAUGGAAGGACUUCUUUAAUUUUAUAGAAAAUUUUAUAGAAAAUUAAAAUUUUCUAAUUUUCUCUUGUGUCUGAAUGAAACCUAGAAAUAAGAUCUAAUUAUAUCCUGAAUCUACACAAUUUCUUAUUGCUUUAUAAUAUUAUUCAAUUUCUUUUGUUUAGUAAAACUUAUUUAUUUUAUUAGAAUUAGAAAUAUUAAAUAUUUGCCUUUGUAAACUUUUUUGUGUGCCUUAAAAAAAAUUACUAAAAGUAUAUUAUAGUGUAUAUUUUAAAAGGCCUAACUUAGGGCCUAAGCCUAAUUACUGAUACUAUUACUAAUAAUACUAUUCAAUUCCAUCACUACAACUGCAUUUACUCUUACAGGCCUAAUAAAAGUUAGUAUUUAAAAACAUUAAUAAGGUAUUUAAUUAAAUCAUUUAAUUAUAAAUUAAAGAUAUCAAAUAAACAAACAUCUUAUUAAAUUUUUUUAAAGGCAUUAAUUGAAAUCAAAAUACCGGUAUAUUGAAACUACGGUACUGGUAACAAAAGGGAGACUACUGCUUAAAUAGCAUUUGGAAUGAUCUUCUAGGGACUGGGGAGGGCAGACCUCCCCUCACUUUAAAUUCCAAAAUAAGAAACAAAGAAAUCCUCUGGGGAGGGGAGACCUCUCCCCAAUUUAACAAAAAAAUAUAAAAUAAGAAAACAAUAACUUGCAUUAUCUUUGUAGUAUGGCACUGUAGACGGAAGUGGACCUGGAGAACCUCCGUGACCUAUAUACCGUCGAACACAUCGCCGGCCUUACCGCUAACCCAAAAUCAGCCACUAAGUUGGUUUAGGAUAGCCAAAGUUAUGAAACGAAGCUUUUUUCCUUUAUGGGAAAAUACUGACAUUGACAAAACUGACUUAGUAAUCAUUGGGGAUUGGCAUCAUUAUUCCAUGCUCCAAAAUCAGUUUCAAGCAUCACUAUUAAAAUGUGGCUCUUGCCAUUCAUAAAUGACAUCAAGCUAUUUUGGCUUAUGUUUCUCUCCCCAUCAUCACAACUUUGUCACAAAAUUAAGACACCCUCAUUUCUCAUAAUGCAUCAUAAAAAAAUUGUGACAAUACACUUAUUCAGUACAGUCUCUGUUUUUUGAAUUGCAUGCAUUAUUAUUAUUUUAAAGAAGAAUUACAGAGCAAAGUAAUUGGCACUGCUACACAAUGUUAAUCUACUUACGAUAUCCCUGCUACCCUCUCUGCCCCUGAAACCAAUGUUGAUAGGGCACAAAUUUCAAAAUCAAGUCCCCUUUACUACUUUACAUACUUAACCCUGAGAAAAAGUGUCAAACUAUGUAGUCAAUAAAAAACAUAACACUAAAAAGAAAACUUCAGAUACUUAAAGUAAAUGGAACAAUUACAUAAGCUUGUUCAAGAUAACACUACUUUUAUAAGAAUACAAUGAAUAUUGCAUUUAAAUAAAAAUGUCAGAAGGCCAAGCUGUAGCAAAAAUCUGAUAGACCCUGGUGAGGGCCAAAAGAACUUGAGUUCUUCCUAAUUUAAAAAACUUCCUCAGAGGGUUUCAAAUACUGAGAAAUUGUAAGAAUCAAGCAGCUAAUGGUGUUAUUUCUGAUGUGUUACAUAAUUCCCUAAAUUGCCCUAAGAAUGCUUGUCAGAAACAAAUAAAAAUGUGACGGAAGUACCUAUUUCAAUGGAAAUAAUUCAAGUUAACUUUGUUGAAUUGAAGGCUCCCCUAUCUUAAAAAUUAUUUCUAAGGAGCAUUGAUAUUUAAUUAUCCCCCCCCCCCUACUUUUUUUUUUCUUUCAUUUUUGACAAGUUAUUGCUAGUAAGUUUUAAAACUUGAAAAUUUCACUGUUGUAUAAUUUUGUCUAUUUCAAACAAUUUUAGGUGAAGGAAAUGCCUGCAGUAAUAUAAAUUAUCAAUUGUCUUUGCUGGACAUUUACAAGGAUCAUUAUUAUCAAAAGGUAAGUCAUAGCAAAUAUUCAUGCAUAGAAAACAUAUUAGAAACGCCAAAGGUUAGUCAUAGUAACUUUUCAUGCAUAGCAAACAUAUCAGAAACGCCGCCCAUUUAUAAAGGAACCUAUAAUUGUCUCACAUUUUAAAUAAUUCUGUAUCAUCCAAAAAUAAAUCUUGAAGCUAAAAUAAGGAUUAUAUUAACCUAUUAUACUAAUCUAUUACAUUAAAAUAAUGAAAAAUUACGAGCUGUAUCAAACAGUUAUUGCUUUCCUUAUUAUUUGAUUAUUAUUCUUAGACAUUCAACUUAGACAGUGAGCUAUUUUUUUACUUGCUAUCCAUAUUUAUAAUUUUUAGAUGGCUCUGACUAAUGGAAUCUACAUUGUCCAGGGUGAGAUUGCCCUGCUCAUCACUGCGAUGAAAAGGACAUCUCGCUAUGGAGCGCAUGGUAGACAUAUACGACAUGUAUGUAAUGGCUUUUGUUUUCCUGGGCUUUAACACCAAACAAAUGUUACAAAUUGUACCUUUUUUUUUUUUUUAAAGUCCUGACUCUACUACAUUAUUUUUUAUCAUAACCCUUUUUUUUUUUUACCAAGCAAGAGGAUUACAUUGAUAUGCUAAAAAGCUCAUUCUUCCAACUUAAAGUUGUUCUCAAUAGCAUUACAGGUAAAGUAAUUGAUAUGAUUCUUUUUUUGUUUUCCUGGGCUUUAUCUCCAACCAUAUGUUUCAAAUUUUUCCUUUUUUUUUUUUUUAAAGUCCUGACUCUACUACAUUAUUUUUUAUCAUAACCCUUUUUUUUUUUUACCAAGCAAGAGGAUGACAUUGAUAUGCUACAAAGCUCAUUCUUCCAACUUAAAGAUGUUCUCAAUAGCAUUACAGGUAAAGUAAUUGAUAUGAUUCUUUAAUAAUCGUUCACUUAAUUGACACAAAAAAAAUAGUUGAAACCUUCUCAUCGACUAAAGAAGCUUACUAAAUAACUGUAACUUGUAAAUUUGUAUUGAGAGUUCUUUUUUCUACCUUAUAAAUCAUUUUCAAUUUAAAAGCAAACAAGUCAAAUAUUCUGUUCUUUCUGCAGAGCUAAAUGAAAUAGAGCCCAAUGCAUUUCUGAGUCCAUUUCUUGAAGUUAUCAGAUCAGAAGAUACCACAGGGCCUAUAACUGGUUUAGCCCUUACCUCAGUGAAUAAAUUUUUAUCUUAUGGACUUGUUGGUAAGAAAUGGUUUUAAAAAUUAAUUUUGCCAUGUAAAAUUCCUAUGACAUGAUCUUCAAAAUUGUUCAAUAAUUUAUCCUAUGAUUUUUAACUUUAUAAACUUUAAAUCAAUACAGCAUGUCAGUUAAUUUCUCUGAUUAGUAAUAUAUAUAUAUGACGUUCAGGGAUUAGAUUGCUUUUAAUUUCUUGAUGUGGUUUCUAUGACAUAAAUAAAGCAAACUAGCAUUUAGAUCUAUACCAGAGAUGUGAAUUUUACUGUCUUGAAAUAAACAUUUAAUAUACUGACAAAAAAAUUUAGAUCCUUCGUGUGAAAUGGCUGCUCCAGCAAUAGAAAAUGUAGCGGAUGCAGUAACCCAUGCACGAUUUGUUGGAACUGAUCCAGCAGCUGAUGAGGUCAUUUUAAUGAAGAUACUCUAUGUAAGUAGCAAUAGUACCAUUUAAUUAUUUAUUUUAUUUUCUAAAAGGGCAAAGCAGUCAGAUAAAUGAAAUAAACAGUAGCAAUUUUUAAUUUUAAUAAUUCUCUGUUUGAAACAAAAAUGGUGACACUUGAUGAAUUUGUUUUUUCAUAGUUUUAUUUACCCUCCCUCAUCCCUAGGUCUUAAGAACCUUGCUGUUGUGCCGAGCAGGUGUAUUACUCACCAAUGAAUCUGUUUGUGAGAUUAUGCAGUCAUGCUUUCGUAUAUGCUUUGAGAUGAAAUUAAGUGGUAAGAUUUUUAAAGUUUUUGCAUAAUUAUAAAUAUAAUCAACAAAAGCACAUUCAUUUUUUUUUUAUUCUGACGUUAAGAAUUUUGUUGAAAAUUAAAAUCUCCAGAGCUUUUGAGAAAAUCUGCUGAAAAUACUCUCAGAGAUAUGGUGCAUUUGUUAUUUACAAGGCUGCCUUUCUUCAAGGAGGACCCAAAGUGGAUUACCAAUAUAAACAAAAAGGUUAGAUAUUUUAUAUUGAAUUUACUUUUGACUAUGUCAUAUCUUAAUAGGAUUAUAUGACUGUGAAUUGAUAGCAAUAUAAUGAGUAAAUUUGUCAAGCAAAUUAAAUUUCUCACAUCUGGAAUUUAAAGUAACAAGAUGUGAAUGCUGAACUUGCUUUUAAUAAAUAUCUAAUGAAUUGUUUUGCUGUUCAUAGGUGUUAAAGAUUAUAUAUAAAUUUUGGUAGUUUAUAUAUACAUUUGUUGGUAGUUUUAAGUCAUACCUUUUAAGCAUCAAAUUUUAAAAAUUAUUUAUGUACAAAUUCGUUUACAUCACUUGCAUCUUAAGCUGGUAAGAUUUAGCUAUUUGUCUAGACUGAAGGUUUUUAAUCCCUUGAAAAGUUGUCUGUCUUCCAUGAUUUGAAAGUUUGUACACUGGCCUAAUACAUUCCACCUAGCUGUCAGCUCAAAGCUCAAUGAUCCCAGACAUUUUGGAACACAGUCUCUCUUGAUAAAAAGGCAGAUACAAUUAACAUUACACCAUGGGAUUGACCAGCUGCCCUGAUAGUUUGUUGCAUAAGAUCUAUCGGUUAACAUAAAAGUUGUGCUAAACUUUUUUUCCUAUGGAGGUAUUCUUUAUUUUUAUUUCCAGCUUAAAAUGAGAACUGGUGGUGUGGAUCCAGCAAGAAUGGGAAAAAGAAAGAAGUCUCCUAAACCAAAGACCAAACGCACACAUGGCCCGGCUCAGCCAUCUUCGGAGGCACUUCAAUCUCAACCAACAAUCACUGAGGCCAUAGAGACCUCGGAGAAUAUCCCUAAUGACCCCAGCACUGAAUCUCAGACAGAUUUUGAGCACAUUGAACCCUUAGCAACAACACCUGGGUUUGGCCUAGAAGAUAGAGUUAUAGAUAUCGCAAAAACAUUUGAGGUGAAUUAAAUAAAAUGUUUUCAUGGCAGUAAUACUUGCUUAUGUAAAGAACAAAAUGUUUUUUAGUUAUAAUUGUGUUGAUCAUUAUUGUUUGGUAAAUGACACAAUUCACUUUUUUUAAAUAUUAACAGGCAGCUUCAAAAGAGGAGGAGACUUUAAAUGAAAGCACAGUUUCUCUUGUGGUUAACGAAGAAGCUGCUGCAGAGGCACUGAGAAAUAAUGAUCAAAAUGAGCAUAGUGCUGAUUCUUAUUCCAUUGUUGGACAGCAAUCUCCAAAUACUGCAACCCUCUGUGUUGAUCCUUCCUUAUUGAGGGUAAGUGAGAGGAAAUCAUUUGUUGUCAGAUUUAGUGGUUUUUUUAGUGUCAAAGCAUUCCCAACACUUGUUGUAAUGUCUUUUAUUUAACCUGAAAAUGAAUGCAAAGUUGCAAUUAUUAUUGUAUUGAUUGAGUGACAGAUAAAAAAGAACUUAUCUGAUGAGUUUAUUUUUUUAAUGAGGUUGUUAAUCUAAUCUCUAUAUUUUUACAGAAAGCCCAGAGUGAAACUGAUUUGUACUCCAGUGAAGCAAAUGGUGAAGGAGAAGCUUUUGAUGACAAUGAAUCGAUUCACUCCACUGACACUGCCUCUACACAAGAGAAUGAGUUUGUAAAUCCAAAAGGAGUAAGGUUUCUUCAAAAUCAGCAACAAACAGCCAUUGAAGGUACUGAUCAUAGGCCACAAAGUUUUUAAAUGAUAGUUAUUCCCUUCAAGAUUUUACUGUUAUUAUGAUUUUAUACAUUUAAAGAAUGUUGAUAGUAGAUUAAAUCAUUUGAGUGAUGUGCUUUAAAUUUUUUUAUAACUUAAGUUUUAACACUAAACAAUAUUUGUUGACAGUUUUAUCAAGAAAUAACAUUUUUUCAUUGUAAUUGCAAUGAUUUUGGCUUUUACUUUUCUUAUUACGUUGGUAAACAACGAUUUUGCCACUGAAAGUAAAACAUGGGUUGAAUGUAUUAUACCUAACUAAUUCCUUAUAUGAAGUCAGAAUCUGUCUUAGGAAAUAGUGGGACUAGAUAUGUUGAAAUGAAAGAACGGGACAAUAAAAAGAGAACUUUUGGGGUAAAGCCUUGUUCAGCAACAAAACAAGAAACAACAAAGAAAUAGAGAUGAGUUAAAAACUUGUUUAAAAAAAGUGUCUGUAGUUAGCCAUGUUGUGGAAAAAUGCUAAUUAUUGGUUGAUCCAUACAUCACCACUUCACAUCAAACUGAGCCACAUGAAAAAAUUUGUAGUAGCAAUGAAUCUUAAUGAACAAGGCUUUCAGAAUCUGAAAGAGGAAUUCGGAGCAAUCAAAACUGAUGCUUAGAUCAAAGCUGGAAUCUUUAUUGUGCCAGAAGUCGGCACGCUGUCUCGUGAUAAUUUAUUUAGAACUAAUAUGAACCCACUUGAAUUUGCGCUUGGGAUGUAUGUAUAUUGGUGGUGCAAAAUUUCUUGUGAAUCACAAAGAACUAUGCUAACAGCCUACAAGCAACUCGGCUCCUGAUGUCCCUAAGAUGUAUAUCUUCAUAAUCUUCUGGAUUUUUUUACAACCAAACUUGAUUGGUGAAAGAGAUGAGAUUUCAUCUUUGAAAACAAGAUAUUAAGGCCAACACUACAAUUUAUAUAUGAGGUCUGAUUACUGCUGGUUUCUUCAUCAGGCAAUAUCGGCCACUCACAAGAGCAAGUGCCUAAAACACUUUCGAAUAGAGUUAAGCAGGAGGCUAAAUUAAGAAAUGUAUGCUUUCAUCUGAGUAACAUAAAUGUAUUUAUAUCAGAUUAAAAAACUUCGUCAUAAGAUUCUUUUUCUUAAAUUUUAUUGUACUGUUUAAUAGAUUUCGGCAUGUUUUUAUUACUUUGGAUUUUCUUUUUUUUUAAUUUAAGAAAAAUAACAUAAAAUUUCUUAUUGGAAAUAAGUUACAUUUUUAUUUGCAUUUCAAGUUAUAAAUGAAUAAAUAACAUUUGUUUAGUGUUACAACUACUCUGAGAAUAGUCCAUCAGUUAUAUAAGCAAAUACUAGCUCUGUAAUUUGUUUGCAUAAAAAUUAUUUUAAUUCUCACAUGAAACUGCAUAACUUAAAAUCCUGAUUUUCUACACAAAAUCUAACUUCAGAUUUGGAACGACAAACUUGAUUUAGUAUAAACCUCAAGAUACAUGUCCAGUAGCCGACAAAAUGUUGAUUUUUUUUGGGGGGGGUUCUAAUUGCAGCUUUACAGGCUUAACUAAUAUUCCUUCUUAAAUCAUCUUCAUCAUUAGCUGGCCCAGUUUCCCUGAUCCCUUAUGGGCUUCCAUGUGUCCGUGAACUGUUUCGGUUCCUGGUAUCCCUAACAAACCCAUUGGAUCGCCAGAAUACUGAUGUCAUGGUCCAUAUGGGAUUAAGUUUGUUGAUUGUCGCUCUGGAAACAUCAGCUGAUCAUAUUAGUUCCUACAACUCACUCCUUUAUUUGGUCAAAGAUGAGCUGAGUCGCAAUCUUUCUAUGGUGAGAUUUAAUUAAUUAUAAGAUAAAUUACUGAACUGUUUAAUGUUAAUUAAAGCUACAACACCCUUGGACUUAAUAUAAUUAACCUGUGCCCUAUAAAAAACUUCUAAAAAUUUGUUUGUCUUUCAAAACAGCUGUUGCAGUGCGAGAGGCUGUCUUUGUUUGCUGCUUCACUAAGUCUCAGUUUUCUCAUAUUUGAGUCCAUGAGACAGCAUUUAAAGUUCCAACUAGAGGUGAUAUAAGUAUUUAAGUUUGAAUAUUUUAAAAUGUAAAAAAUGUUUUUUGUGGAUUCUCUCAUGUUGUUUCUUUAUUUUGCAUAAUUCAUAUAUUUAACAUUGCCAUUUACCAGCAUAUUUCAUCUAUUAACCACAGAAUUACUUGUUGCGGAUAAGUGAACUGAUCAUAUCAGACAGCUUGAAGAUAACUUACGAUCACAGAGAAAUUGCGCUGGACUUUGUGGUGCAGAUGUGGAGAGUACCUGGCUUGGUGACAGAAUUGUACUUAAAUUAUGAUUGUGACUUGUACUGUUCCAAUCUCUUUGAUGACAUGACUAAACUUCUUUCCAAGGUUAAUAAUAUUUAAUAUAUUCAGUUUUUUUUAAAACUCAAAAUUGAGUAGUUUUAAUUUGGAGAAGAAAGUAUAAAGUUUUUUUGUCUUUGAGAUGAUAGCAUCUCACAGCCUGCACUAUAUUUAUUUUUUUGUGAUUUUGUUUUUUAUUGUUAUAUUUUUCUUUCCAUUAAGAUAAUUUUUUCUGUAACAGAAUGCAUUCCCCGUGUCUGGACUGUUCACCAUUCAUCUGCUGUCACUUGAUGCACUUUUGACCUGUGUAGACAGUAUUGAACAACAUUGUCACACACGGGCUAUAACAAAAAAUGUAGCUGAAAAUGCAGAAAAUAGUGCUAAAGAAAAACUUGCUGAUGGAGGGCAAUUGGGUGUGUAUAUUAACAAUUUUUGGAUUAAGUAAAAUUAGAUAACUUAUAAUUAAAGCAAGCUUUCUUAAUAUUACCUUUUAUAAAUCUCAGUGUGUAAAACAAACAAAAUGUCAGACCUCUUUAUUUUCUUUUUAAUACACAAGGUGAUGUAAAUUAAUUAAAAAAGAACUGAGCCCUUUUCUUUUGUUGUUAAUAUUAAAAACUGAAAAGUUAAAGUUAUUCACUGGGGGCAAGAAAUCGGGAAUAAAAAUCAUAAUUAGAUUUUCAUGUACUUCUAAAUAUUUUAUCAUUGACUUUUCUUCAUUCUCUUUUCCUUAACAGCUUUAAAAGGAGUAAUAAUCAUAAUUAGAUUUUCAUGUACUUCUAAAUAUUUUAUCAUUGACUUUUCUUCAUUCUCUUUUCCUUAACAGCUUUAAAAGGAAAGGAUGCUAGAAAAGGCCCAAUGAUAAAACCUAAUCGCAUGAUGAAAGUUUCCUGUAAAUUACCAUCUCAUGAGGAGCUUGUUGAACUCAAGAAGAAGAAAAAAGUGAGUGACAGCAUUAUUAUAAAUGUAAUAAUCUUUUAAUAUGUCAACUUUGUUGCUUAGUUCAAAGCACUGACCCAAACUCAAUCUGUCUCUUACAAGGUGACCGUUUCAUGGGGGGAAAUUGAAGUGGGGGGAUACACUUCAAACUUUGGAAGCUUUUUCUGAGUAGCCAUUUUCACUUUCCACCCUAAAUUUAAGGGGGGGGGGGGGGGGGGGCUUGUAUAUUGCUUAUAAUGUACAUUUCAUGUAGUCUGGGAUCUCAAUAAAAAUCUGUUAGAAUAAAAACUAAAAUUGGUCUUUCUAUCCUUCUGGUUUUUUUAAUGUUCAAUCAUAUCACAGAUUUAUCAGACGGGUACUGAACAGUUCAACAUCAAACCAUCUAAAGGUUUGCAGUACUUGCAGGAGGAAGGCCUGCUUUCUAAACCUUUAAACCCAACUGAAGUUGUGGCAUUUUUUAGAGAAAACCACAGACUAGACAAGAAGAUGAUUGGAGAAUACAUAAGUGACAAAAGGAAUAAGCAAGUCCUUGAAGCUUUUGUGCAGUAAGUUAUAUCUCUUGUCCAUUAAUUCUACAUUUUUUUUAUGAAUACUCUUUCUGUAUUUACUGUCUGCAAAUAAUAUGACAAUAAUUUUGUUUAAUUGGGGAAAUUCUUUCUAAAUAGUGCAAUGUAAUUAUCUUAAUUUUUUUACUAUUACUUCUCCAUGGAUUUAAAAUGGAGUUAUGUUUAAACAAUGCAAAGUGACAACCUAUCCUCUGAUUAAUUUACAUUUUUUUUUUUGUGGUAUUUUAGCUAUGCAAAUUAAUUGUUCAGUAAAGAUAAAUUAGCCUUAGCCAAUAAGAUUAGAUGGAGGCUUUUCAACCGUUAAGGUGCUGUAGAAUGGCUAAAUAAAAUAAUAAUUGAGAACCAAGAUUUCAACUCUUCAUAUUCUGACACUGGUGUUGUAUUCUCAUUUUUAAGGGCCUUCAAUUUUGAGGACACUCGUGUUGAUGAAGCUCUUCGCAUGUAUCUUGAGUCUUUCCGUAUGCCCGGAGAAGCACCAGUAAUUUCCUGGUUAAUGGAGCAUUUUGCUGAGCAUUGGCAUGUAAGAACAUAGCUGUGGUUUUAUUGAAUUCCUUUGAAAAUUGUUUAACAAAUCAAUGUCAAGAUUUUAUGUUAUAAAUUGUUUUUGUUAUCGUGGAUUACUUUUUAUAUUUAAAGUGUAAAAAGUAUGUAUAUUGAUGUCUUUUUUUUUUCUUGAUAAUAUUUUAUAUUAAUUAUAACAAAAUUAUUUCUAGAAAAGUAAUGGUGAGCCCUUCCACAAUGUUGAUGCUGCAUUUACACUGACAUAUGCUGUUAUCAUGUUAAAUGUUGACCAACAUAACCACAAUGCCAAGAAGCAGAAUGUUCCAAUGACACCUGAGGUUUGUUUUUAAGUUUAUUUUGCUAAACUUUACUGGGAUUUAUUUAGUUUUUAACAGUUAAUCUGCAGUUAUGAAGCACAUAAUGCACUAACAUUUGAUAACAAUUUUUUGUUUGAUUUAGGACUUCAUUACUUUCACUCUUGUUUACUUAUUACUCAUUACUUUCUUGUUUUUUAAAAAUGUAUAGACCCUAUUCUCUUGCCAUUUUUAUCCACAUUUUUUUUUAAAUCCAAUUUUUGUUAUUAUAUUUUUUAAAGGAUUUUAAAAGGAAUUUAUCCAAAGUGAAUGGUGGAGAAGAUUUUGACCAUAAUAUGCUCCACGACAUAUUUCAAGCCAUUCGGUAAAUAAAUAGCAUUUUAGGUCUUGAUCAGUUUGCUCUUUACUUUAAGUGAACACCCUUUAAGGAUAAAACAAAUGUAUGUGUUAUUUUAGUGUUGGUUUGAUUAAAUAUUUGUGAAAUAUACAAAUUGUUAGUCAUUACAAUUUGUAAAGUACGGGUUCUCUAAAUGUAUUUAAUGACGUGAUACCAAUGUAAUUAAUUGCUUCUGAUUUUUUCAAUGUACAGAAAUGAAGAAAUUGUGAUGCCAGCAGAACACAGUGGUCUAGUCAAAGAAAACUACCUUUGGAAGGUGAGGCCUUGAAAUGACUUGACAAAAUAUUAAUUGUUUAAAAACAGCAAUAACCGUUAUCAAAUAAUGUGUAUGCAUCUGAAGAAUUUUCAGCAAUUUUACCAAAACUGGUAAAAUAUUAAAAAUAUAUUAUUAGAGCAUAAUCAUCUUUAGCUAAUGACUUCUACAAGCUCUGGAUAUUUUAAUUCCUACUACUUGUUUAAAUUUGUUUGACCACUUAUUUAUAUGAGUGUAUAUAUAAACAUGUAAUAAUUGAGAUUUGAUUGUCAAUUGCUUACUCUACCUGUAUAUAUCUAUCAUCAUUGUAAAUAAUGUUUUAAUUUUAUAUUAAAUGUUGAUUGUUACCAAGUCCUUAUUAUUUUCUGUAAAGAUUCUGCUACACAGAGGUGUCUCUAAAGGCGGUGUGUAUUUCCAUGCUCCAACUGGGGCAUUUGAUCAUGAGCUUUUCACUUUGAUAUGGGGACCUACAGUGGCCGCCCUUUCUUUUGUCUUUGACAAGAGUUCAGAUGAAGCCAUUGUCCAAAAGGCUGCGUCAGGUUUCAGGUAGUAAACUUUUUUUUUUUUUUUUUUUUUUUUUUGUCUGUCAUUUUCAAUGUUAUUUUAUUUAUUAUAUUAUUGAUAUUAUAUCUUUUUAUAUGAAAAUAUAUUUUAAAUGUCAGGAAUGUUUCUACUAACCUGUUAAAAGGAUGUUAAGGAGGCAUUUCACAGCAACAACUUCUUGUUCCUCUUUUACUAAUAUAUAAACCCACACCACCUAAGAAGUUUAUGCCAGUGUUUUCAGUGCUAGGAAUCUCAUGCUUGCGAGGGCAGGUUUUAAAGGAAGUUUUUAAAGGCAGUUUUUUUCCAGCCAGUAUUCUUGAUAGCAUGCUUUGCUUCACAGAACAGUGUUCCAAAUAAGGUCAGCCGUCUUAGGCACUGUUUUUUUAUCAUUUCUUCUGAUUGAUUUCUUUUUUAUUUCUCAGGAAAUGUGCCAUGAUUUCUGCUUUCUAUGGUAUGAGUGAUGUGUUUGACAAUCUUGUGAUUUCCUUGUGUAAAUUUACCACUUUGCUGAGUGCUGUUGAGGUAAAUAGUCUUUCAAUAUACAAAUUUAAUGAUGAAAGCCCGUUAUUUAAUAUCUGCUGCUUUUGGAUGCAGUAACAUGUUUCAUUAGCAUCCCUUCAAUAUGAAACUAAUGUUCUUACCUUACUCUGGCUAUAUUUCUAGUCAGGUUGAGAAAUAAUAUUAGCUCUUAAAUGUAAUUCAAUUAGCUGAUAACAUAUUUAUUUUUGGGAUCUAAUAACUGGGCUUAUUAAAUUAUGUCUUCUGUCCAAAUUGAAAACAUGGUUCAGUAUCUGUUGAAUUUUUUUUUUCCUUCUGUCUUGAAUAGAGAGGAACCUCUGCUUAGUGUCACAUCACUUAAACUCAGGGUUUGUGCUAUUUUUUUUAAGAAGAAUAAGCUGAUCAUUAUUUCACAUUGAGAUGACAAAAUAAAAUUAAUUAAAUGUUGUAAUCUAUUUUUUUUUUUUAGAGCCCGGAGUCCAUACCUGCAUUGUUUGGCAACAAUUUUAAAGCACAGCUGGCUGCCAAAACUGUAUUUGGUUUGGCUCACAGACAUGGGGACAUCCUACGUGAGGGCUGGAAAAACAUAAUGGACUGUAUGUUACAGCUUUACAGAGCAAAGCUUCUACCAAAAACUAUGGUGGAUGUGGGUGAUACAUGAUUUUAAGUUAAUUUUUUAAUAAAUAUUUAUGAGAAGACAUUUUCUAAACUAAAAAAGGAAAUGUUUCUUGGUUCUUUAUAAUCAAAGCCACAAAUGAACUAACAUUUUACCCAGUUUAUUCCUGUUAUGUUAAAGGGCAAAGAUUUGGAUUGAGAUUUUCUACCACCACUAGUAGGCCUACUAUUCAUCUUACCAAAGUAAUAUUAAUAUUAGAACUCUGCUUGGGAUUCAGUCAGUAGCUCUUUUAAAAAGUCUUGACAUUGGCAGACAUUUACUGGCCUUUCAAUUGUUUCAAUGAAGUUUUCUCAGAAGUCUUAAAAAAGUAGCAUUUUUUCUUAAUAUAUAAAAAUUAGAGAUUUUAAAAAUUAUACUUUGUCAUAAUAGCCGAUUUCUAUCAAGUUUAUGUCCCAUUUUUUAUGUAGGUUAAAUCACAUAACUUGCGGUGAUUUUAAAUAAUUUAUUUUUCAAAAUUAUUUGUCUGUAUAAAUGCAGGUUGAAGACUUUGUAGACUCCAGUGGGAAAAUAUGCAUUCUUCGAGAAGAAUCUACUUCAUUGGCAAGGUACUGAAUUCAAGUAUAAUGGUAUCUGUUUUAUUUAAUGAGACGAUUAAAGUGCAAGUAAACUCUAUUGGAAAAAUAAACAGUAAUUCACCUUGAAAAUUGGCCAUGAUUAGAUUUAUUUUUGUAACUUAUUUACCAACAGGAUUUAAAGAUAAAACCAUUGUAUGUUUUCCCCUGCAGAUCUGAGACUGGAGUACUAAGUACUUUUGUGUCAUACUUCACUCUCUCUGAAUCUGCUGCAGCCAAGGGCCCAAGUGCUGAGGACCUUGAAGCAGGUAAAAUAGCAGCCGCUUGUGUGAGGGACUGUCAGCUGGAUCAGCUCAUCAUAGACAGCAAGUUUCUGAGAGAGGACUCUUUACAGGAACUUAUCAAGGUUUGGCCUUCAGAUUUUACAAAUCAUUUUUAUUGACCGGAGCGCCAGUGAGUUCUGACCCCAAACUUAAAAAACUCUGACCAUCAUUCUCAAUGGUCAUCAUUAUGUUUGUGAAAUUUUAUUUGAUGUUUUGUGCAUAAAAAUUGCUCAUUAUUUACCACUGAAUUAUUUCAGGCAUUGGUUUCCAUACGUCAAGGCACAGAGGACCAAGGCAGUAUGAAUGGUCUUUAUGAUGAAGAUGCAUGUGUGUUUUUCCUGGAACUUCUUGUCAGAGUUGUCCUCCAAAACAGGUAAUUAUGUUAAGAUCCUACUGUUUUCCACAAUCACAAUUAUGUUAGUUGCAGAUUCUACUUAUCUGAUCAGCUUGUUUAAAUGUUAAUAAAAAGUACAAUUGAAACCAGAAAUUACUGUGUAAAGAUGUGAAACUGUCAGGAAUAUAGUGUACUCUUUCAGAUUUAGCCAUAUAAAAAAACUUUGAAAUCCAUUUCCCUAUAUUUGCAAAUUACCAAUGUAAUGUAUUGUAAUAGGACUAAAGCUUUAUUUGUUCUGUGUUAUGGUUUAUGGUUGCUUUAUAUAUUCAACUUAAUUUCUUGACUUAGGGACCGCAUAGCACCUGUGUGGCAAGCUGUUCGAGACCAUUUUUAUAACAUCAUAGUCAACAGCAGUUCUAACUCUUUCCUUGUGGAGAGAGCUGUGGUCGGCCUCUUGCGCAUUUCCAUUAGACUUUUACGUAGAGAGGAAAUAGCAUCUCAAGUUCUCACAUCUCUCAGGAUUUUGCUGAUGAUGAAGCCAAACGUUGUUCACAGUCUUAGCAGACAGGUAUUUUAAACAACUUAAAUCUAAUUCACUUAGUGCUUCUUUUUGGAAAACAUUGUACAUUUAUACGUAUUUUAUUACCUAACAUUAAUUGUUUUUGAAAAUUAUUAAUGCUUUGCUGUUUUGUUUUUUUUCUUUAGAUUUCAUUUGGUCUACAAGAUCUGUUGCGGACUAAUGCUGCAAAUAUCCAUACUAGUCAAGAUUGGUAUACUUUAUUUACCUUGUUGGAAGUAGCUGGGGCUGGGGCCAAUUUACCUCCCAUCAUGCAAGUCUGUGCUGAUGUGGAUCUAACCGAGGUCAUAAAUGAUGCAGGUCUGUGGACUAAUGAAUAAAUACCUUUAUAUUUGUUUAUCUUAUAAAAUAACCUUCUCAUAUUGAAAUUACACUUAUAUUUCCACUUAAAAAUUGGCUGUUAUUCUAAGAUUAAAAUAAAAAUUUUAAAGGCAAGAUGAAAAUAAAACUAUAUAUAUCAAACUAUAAGUUACAAGCACAACCAGGUAUUUCUAUGAUUUGGAAAAUAGUCCUUGCUUCAAUUUUACAUGCAAAUUAAAAAGAUUGAUCAGAGAAUGUUAUCUUUAAUAUAUUAUUGAUGCAUUUCAGAUAGUGCAAUAUCUAUUGUCUUAUAAAAAAUGGUCCCAUUUUAAAAAAAUGCUUUAUAAUGUAGGUGCUCAAAGUGAUAGUGAAAUCCAAAGUGUCAGUGGUGUGUCUGAUGUCAGUGACAGAGGUUACACCUCAGACAGUGAGCUGUAUGAAGGUCAGCGUCACAGCAGUCAAAAGCAUCCAGCUAGUCAUGCUCACCCUCUUAGUCUGGAGCUUAGACCUGUCCCAGACAAUGGCAGCUGGAUGAUGGUAUGUGGAAUCAAUGCUCUCUUCCAAUGAGACCAAUGCUUUGCUAUGAUAUCCUGUCCAUAUUGAUCAUAUUUUAAUUGCUAUUGGUUAAAUUGAAUUAAAAGUAACAUUUAAAUUAUGUAUCCACCCGGUCAGCCUUUUGUAUAGGUGAAACUGAAUUGGUACCAACAACUGUAUUAUAAAAUGUUAUUCAUAUUUUAAAAUGUUCUGCUUGAUUUUGCUUUUGUUAUGUUCAUAAAAAAAUCAAGAUAUUGUAAUAAAUAUUGAAAUUAAACAUGUUGGACAGUGAAGCUAGGAAAUUUUAUCCCACAACACAACUUAGCCGCUUCCCCGCCCCUCUUUGCUGGCUGAGGGCUUUUUUUUGGGUUAAUUAAGUCCUGUCUCAUAUUUACACAUAGUCUACUGGGACAUCUGGUCUUACCAUUUUAUUACUAGGCUGUAGAUAAAAAGUCAUAUCUGUAGGUCUGAACACAACUUAGUUUGUUUACUUUAAAAGUCUUUUUAUAUUUGGCAAUCUAAUAGGUGAAUAGAGAAGAUCUACACAGCAGCAAAAUGCCAGUGAAUCAGUACAGCAUAGAUUUAAAUGAGAAUCUGCUGUUCCCUGACAGUCGUGCACUGCUUAAGUCAGCUGAGACGUUAACAUUUCUGGUGCGCGACGCUGCACAUGUAACACCACACAACUUUGAGAGCUGUGUGCAUUGCAUCAGAACAUUUGUGGAAGCAAGUGUUAAUGGAGGUAUGUUAAAUGUAAUAUAAUAAACUGUGUGAGCAUAUUAAAAACUAUGUUUCGUGAACUAAUAAAAACCAUAAUAAAAAAAGUGUAAAGAAUUUUUGUGAAUCUCAUAAGUGUUCUGCAAAAUUAAAUGACUUUGUCACAUCAAACCUGGCAAGAUUUAAUUGGAAUCAUUGGUUGGAAGUGUUGUAUGCAUCCUUUUUAAGGAAUAACAGAGCUCAACAUUAGCUCUCAUUUUCCUCAAGACCAUAAUAAGCCUGUUAAUUGAAACAGCAGUUUUUUAACCUUCUUAAGUCUAUGGAAUCCAUGUUCCUGUCAGAUGAAGGCCAUGGAUGAAGUUUUAAAUGCAUUUGAUAAAAAUAUUUUGUGGGAAGUAGUUGGUAGUUCCAAAUUGCUGUCCCUAUCUGCUUGAAGUUUUUUAACGCAUUAACUGAUUUGAACUCUGGGUUGUUGUUUGAUGCUAACCUUCUACCUUACUUAUUCUACUACACGAUGGACUGAAUGAGCUGGUCCUGAUAUACAUAUUGGCUAUUUAAGACAUAAUAAUUAGCUUUAAUUAAAAUAGAAGGGCUGAUUGUUAAAAAGAAUAGUUUUUGAAUUCAUGAAAUUAAUUUGAUUUUCAGGUCGCACUCGCACACCACCACCACGCAGUAAUUCCUUGAGAGAAAAAACACAAGGGAAACGAAAGGUGAAAAAAGUUGCAACAAAAGUUGGUAAAUCCACAUCCACACCUGAACAGUUGCAUGAUGGUUUACAGUCUGAUGAAGAUCCUGAUGGAGAAGCGACACAGAGCAGGUUGGUCAAUGUAAAAUUAUUACAGAGGUUAAACCAUUUAUUUUACUUUGCUACAAUUUACAUUUUUUUUCAUUACAGUAAGAUGUUGAUAAUUUGGACUAACUAUGAUUUAUAAACAUGUUUUGCAAAUAUUGAGGUCACUGUUUACUAUGUGACUUGUGAAAGGUUAGCAGUUUAAUUCACAAUGUGAUUCUUGCUCCGCAGAUAUAUUUUUUUCUGAUUAGGCUACCCAGAUUUUUUAUGUUGGAAUUAUCGGCUUACUAGUCUAUAUAUAUUUAUAUUUAAAUGAAAAUCAUGACAGAAACGAGACCAAGGGAGAUACUUAAGUAGUUUUUUUUUCAUAUAUCAAUCACCCAGGAUUAUUCAUUAUUUAAAGAGCUGAUUUUUUGUUAUGAUCAUCAGCAGUCGCUGAAUGGUUCAUAGUUUGACUUUAAAGAAUUUACACAUAACAAGCAUUGUCAAAGACAACACUAUAUAGCAACCAAUUAUAAAUAAAAAUCAAUUUAUUUCAUUGAAAUAUAUUGCAAAUUAUAUUUAUUAUAUUAUUAUUUAUAAAAACUCAUUCUAAACUUAUCUACAGUAAAGGUGGAGUUGUUCCCCUUUGGUUGGGGCUCCAAAUGAUAAAAUGUCUGUGCAAUGUGUAAAAAUAAAAAUUUGACAUUUGCUACCAGGCCAACUAUCAUUUUUUUUCUUUUUCAUUUCAGUUGUAGAUGUAUUAUCAAUUCCUUUUGUUAACACUAAUUUUAUUGUGUCCAAAUGAAAUUAAAGGGAAUUUCUCAUGAUAAAAUUUAAGUGGUAGAAUAUAAAAGAAUAUAGUGCAUGAAAAUAAAUGUGUGAAUAGAAAUUGCAUAUCUUUGGUUUUUUUUAAUGUUUGAUUUAAUCAUUGUGUUAUGUGUAUUGCAGCUUGCAGCACCUUUCCAUUCAGCUGUUGGAUCUAAUGCACACACUUCACACACGAGCAGCCUCUAUAUUCAGUGCUUGGGCUAAAGAGCAGCAGCAGCAACUAAAUGAGGCAACCUCUCUUGCUGUUCCUGGGGCAGUUAACUCUAAUGGAGGUGCUGGUAUGGUGCGGGUCAAUAGUCAAGGUGUCAUAGUGGAUGCCAAGGUUCCAACUUUGUGGAGUAAAUGCUGGUGUCCACUGUUGCAAGGUAAACAUUUACCAUUUAGGAAUUAUUGAUUAAUUGUGAUGAAGAAAAAACAGGAUAAUUAAUUGAUGAUCUAAAAUAAGAAUUAAUGACUAGUAUUUUUAAAAAUGUUUUAUCCAGAGAAGAAAUUUUUUUUUUUUUCUUUUUGCAAUGUGCUGCCUUCGGUCUGACUCAAUGUCGUGUUGAUGAUGUUUCCAUCUUUUACUGCAUGUACAUUGUAAAUUGCUGUGUCACAAAAUAACUAGUCAGGAUAACCCUAUGUCUAAUUAUUCAAAUUUAUCAUUUAUUGACUGUCAUAUGAACAAUUUUUUAAAUAAUGUUAGUGGAAAGAAUUCAUUGCAGUGAUAAUAACUCCAUCUGCUUUUAAAUAAAAUUGCUAAUUCCUUUGAUGAAAUUUCUGAUGAAAUAAUUGUUUGAUGUCCCCAGGCAUUGCCAGGCUGUGUUGUGAUUCCAGACGCCAAGUCAGAAGCCAAGCUUUGACUUACCUCCAACGAGCUCUUCUAGUCCAUGAUCUGCAAACACUGGAAGCUAUUGAGUGGGAAUCUUGCUUCAACAAGGUGGGUUGUUAAUACUCAUAACUUAAAUAAUCUUGGAGGCUGUGAAUGAAUCAGUGUUUUUUUUGUUGUUGUUUUUUUUAAAACAGAUUACGAUUAAAUUUACUUUAAAUUUUAAAAUAUUGUAAAACAAAUAUUUAAUGUGCUUUAUUUGAAACAUACAUUAGAUAUAUAUUUUUUUUCGAUCUCAUAUUGAUAAAAGAGUUAUUUGUAAUUUGUUUUGGAUAACCAUAAAUAAAUCUUGUUAGAUUUAUUUCUAUGAAUUGUUUGAAUUGGUAUGGGAAUGAAUAUAUGUGUCAAUGUAGUCCAUAUAAUUAUUUUUAUUUAAUUUUAAAUUAUUUUAAAAAAACUUUUUUUAACCCUUAGGUUCUGUUCCCUUUGCUGACCAAGCUAUUAGAAAAUAUUAAUUUAUCUGAUCCUGCUGGCAUGGAGGAAACUAGAAUGAGAGCUUCCACUCUCCUCAGCAAGGUAUUGUGUCAGAUUUCACUGGUUUUUCCUUUCAAAUAUUAAAUUUAGCCAACUUUGAUUAAAUCAAAAGGGAAAUAGAUAUUAGAUGCUGAUGAUAUUCUUAUUGAAAGUGGAAUGAACAUUAAUAAUAAGGAAAGAAUCUCUAAGUAACCAAACAAGUUUUAUAUCACUUCAUUAUUAAUUUUGAAAUAUUCUCUUAAAAUUAGGAGUAAUCAUUCUGGAGCUAUUCAAUUAUAAUUUCUAAAAAAGUUUAAUGAUGAUUAUCUAAAACAAGGCUGUUCAACCUAAUUUUGAUUCAAACACUCAUUUUAUCAUCGGCAAAGGUGCAUAACUCAAUUAGAAACAUACAAUGGGGGGAAAAAAUGGAAGUCGUUGGGUUUUUUUUUUUAAGUGUAUAAAAAAUUAAUUAAGUUCAAUGAUCACAGCCCAAUCUAGUUACUGAUGAGUUCAACUUAAUUAUUUGUCACAACUAAUGAGUCACAGGUUUGUUCUAAUUAAUCAUUAUUAUUGCUUUAUUUAGUUUGACCAUUGUUUAUAAAAAUGUUUAAAAGAAAACACAAGGUUUUGUAGCUAUCCUUAAUGGGAGUCGAUUAGUCACUUCCUUGUUUGGUCACGUGAUAUGAGUAAGUCAUCACUAGGCUGCAACACACAACAAAAGAUACUUCAUCAGUGCUUCCCCUAUGUUAUGUUAAUUAAAAAUUUUACCUUUCGUAAUAUUAUGGAAUGCAAGCGUUUUUUAAAUGAAAUCCAUAAAUGUGACAAUAAAUAUACGUCAGUUAGGAUUAAAGGAAGAAAGUUAUUUCAAGAAAAAUUUGUGAGCGAUAUUCGAUGGGAACUAUCAAUACUAUUAUCGGCAGGAUGUUGUUGAGCUCCGUGCGUGCUCAUGACGUCAUUUGCGUUUUUAUUCAAUAUUGAUGCAGGAGUCAUUCCCCUUUGUUUAUUUUAUUGUUAAUUUUCAUUGGACGAAAUGUAGUGUAGUUGUAGUGUGUAUCGGGCUACUGUUGUCAAGCACUAGUGUGUUGUAUACAGUAUACCGGAAAUCUUACUCGUUUUUACUCAUAUCACGUGACAAAAUAAUUGACUAAGCGACUCCCAUUUAUCAUUCUCUACACAUGAUAGAAUAUACUUCCUUUCUUGAAAAUGUACAGUUGACAAUAUGUUUAUUCCUUUAAUUUAAACAGGUGUUUCUGCAGCAUCUUGGCCCUCUUCUAUCCUUGGCAACUUUCACAGCUUUGUGGUUGACAAUCCUGGACUUCAUGGAGAAGUACAUCAAUGCAGACCGGAGCGAUCUAUUGGUAACGAGCAACAUUUAUUUUAUUCACAGUAAUUUCUUGGCUUGUAAACUCGAGGAAAGCAGUUCUGUUAUCUUUCAAGUAUCGUACUCAGAGUCACCUUCUUGUGAUAUUGUUCCAGAAAAUAUGAUGGCUAUUUAUCACUUAUGUUUUCACUACUAUACAAGAAGUAAAAUAUUGUGUUGUGUUAUCUUGGUGACUAGAUUUUGUUUACUAUUUCUUCUCUAGUCUGAGGCAAUCCCAGAGAGUUUGAAAAACAUGUUGCUGGUCAUGGACACAGCUCGUGUGUUUCAGACAGCUGAUGGAACAGAAUCUCUACUGUGGCGUCUGACGUGGGAUAAAAUAGACACAUUCCUACCUAAGCUUCAAAGUGAAGUUUUCAAACCAUUUGAACCAGGUACAAGUUGAUAAUACCUGAACUUUUCUGUGGAUUUGACCUAACAUCAUUUCUUAUAAAAUGUCUGAGAUGAGUUUUCUCUUCAAAAUCAUAAAAAAGUUUAAGAUUUAUUGUUUAAAAUUAACUCUCCUUACUAAAGUAGAGUUGGAAUACAUUUCAGACACAAUUAUAUUUUUUCGUGUUGGGAUUUCCACUAUAAUAUUGUCUUAUUUGUGGAUAUAAAAUUAAUGUGCAGACGGUGGUAAAUCUUUUAUAUUUUAAUAUUACCUAGCAAAAAUAGAAAGUGAUUAGUUGGAAAAAUGUCCUUCAUAAAUAGGUAUAAUAGAGAAUCAACAAACAAAAAUGAAUGCAUUUUAAAAGAAGAUUUUUUAGGAAUGUACAAAUUUUUUUUCUUGAUUAAGAACCCAAGCCUGGCAGGAUAGAGAGGAAUGAGACAAACCAAGAACCACUAAGUCCAGCUGAAAAAGAAAAGCAACACCAGCAAGAACAACAGGCCGUCCAGGCAUCCACAACACCUGGACACCAACAAGAGAGCCCUAGUCCAUCGAAUGCUCUACCAGAAUAUGUUCCACUGGAGGGAAUUACUAUUGUCACUCAUGAUGGUACAUUUUGAACCAGUUUGUUCUGUGUAUAAGCAGCUGCAUAGUGUAGCUGUCCAACGUAGGGAUAAGUCUUGGCUUUAUCUUUGCAUGGGAUAGUUUUGUUUAUAAAAUGGGUAUGUGUUUAUAAAAAACAACAAAGUCUAUCAUAUGACUAAAAUGAGCAUUGCCUAAAAGGGGCCAGAAUGUAGACGAUCUGUACCUUGGUCUUUUCCCAAAUAUUUGAUGCAAACAAAGUUGUUUCUGUUUUUUCUAAUCAUUCAGAUAAGAUAUUUGAGUUAAAGUGAAAACACUGACAUUAACAAAUCUUUGCAUUUCCAGAUCGUCCAGGUAGCCCUUUAAUGAAUCAACCAGAACCUUCUGCAGCCUCGUCCUACAUUCUCCACCCUCCCCUGCCAUACAUUCCUUCAACGGCAGGAGCUGCAGACUGAGUGAGGCAACUCAGCUGUGUGACAUUGUGGGCAUGUCUUUGGCUGUAUGGAAUAAAAAAAACACUUGACUCUACAGUAACCACCAAAUUGAUGGAGUCAACCUGACACACUGAAAUGAGGGAGAUGAUUUAAACAAAGAAAAGAAGGAAUAUCUUGUUAUCAGUCAAUGAAGUGUUGUGUUUCUUUAAAGGAUUAAUAAUUAACGAAAUAAAUGGAAAAAUAUGCACUGGAUUACACUUUUCUGUGAUUGGCUGGUCAUGUUGGCAUCUUUAACAUGCAUCAGAAAAAGCUAUGGAAACGAUAUGAUUGUAUUGUUUUAUUAUUGUUUGCACACAUAAUUAAAAUACUGUACAUACUCGAGGAUGUCAUUACUUACAUGAGCAUGGGAGUAAGUCUCUGAAAGCAUCAAAUGGUACAAAUUUUUACCCACAUUCAGGGAAUAAAUUUGAUACAUCUUUUCAUAAAUAAAAUGUGUUUUUUCAGCCUAUCAAAGUCAAGUUGGU